AUGAGCAGUGAACUCCACGUGCUUGGGGAAGGAGAGGGAAGGGAAACGUUCUUCGUGAACUACGUUGUGAAAAUGGUGUGUUUUAUUUGCAAUGCGUGUGGACAAACCGUCAGGAAAGCUCAGGUGGAAAAACAUUAUCAAAACGAGUGCCAUAAUUGUAAUGUUUUGUCGUGUAUAGAUUGUGGAAAGGACUUUCAUGGUGACGAGUAUACUGGCCAUACUUCUUGCAUCACAGAGGCAGAGAAGUAUCAAGGAAAAUUGUAUAAACCAAAAGAUAAGCAGAACAAAGGCGAACACAAGCAGCAGGAAUGGCUUAAGGUGAUAAAAAUCUAUAGAAGUUUGGUCAUUAACUAAGGAAGCCAAAUUUGCAAGUACGUUUUUAAGGCAGAAGCGUCGCGCCACUUUUUUUUUCUCAGAUUUCGCAGGGGAGCGUGCUCCCUUUGGUCACACGUGCGAUCCAAAUAGAGAUGACUGGGGAUGAGUCAGGGGAAUCAGGCGCAAAUCACUCUAGUAUCCCACACAGACAUGUAUUUCAAUGUGUUUACGGGGUUAAUGCUGUAUUACGUUUAAAAACACUGAUCAUCCAAACUGUGUCUAAUAUUUCCUUGAAUUGAACUGUAGAGAAAACUUUCUAUUACAGUCAAACCAGGUCAAGCGUACCCCCCAAGAAUACAUUAAUGAAUUUAUUAUUCAAAAGUUGAAUCCGUUGCUAGUUGUAGAUUUCAGAUUGAUCUCUGCAUUCUUGCAUGUGUAAUGAGCUUCAUUACGCAUGCAGAAAUGCCGCUUUGAAUUUGACACCAGUUACGGGAACGACUAACGGAUUCAUUUUUCAAAUAAUCAAUUCAUUAAUAGAAUCUUGGGGGGUACGCUUGACUUGGUUUGACUGUAAAUACUACAAACAUUGAAGGGAACUCUUUCAAUGUAGGUCAUGUAAAACCCAUUGCUUUCAAUGGGCCAUUCCUGAGUUCUUGAGACUCUCACUCUCAAAAUGAGUCUAACAGCAAAACCUUUGUUGUGAAAGUGAGUUUUAUUUGCAUGAGAAUAAAAAAUAUUUUUAUGUCAAUGGCUUUGCACUUAGCCUUGCUAUGAAACAGAGGCUUAAGGCAACUCAGAAAUAGCGUAUUCACAAAUUAUAUAAUUUAUUAUUUAUGUACCACUUUCACUGCAUUAUGUUCUGCAUCCCUGCAGGGCUCGAUGUUGCGACCUGUGGGGUCGCCAAUGCAACCAGCUUUUACACAGUGGCGACUAAAUUUUCACGCCUGGCGCCAACCUGGCCCCCAAGAUAAUUGACUUUCUUUUCUGGGAAAACUUACACUAAUGAUAAUCUGUUAUCCUGCAGAAAACUAACGGAUAGCGAACGGUUUUUCUAAUGCUCAAACGGUUUGUCCAAACCCUGUAAUGAUUUGUCUAAAUGCUUUAAAGAUUUCUUCUAACAAUCUAACAGAUUGUUCUUAAGAUCUAAUGGUUGGUCUGUCUAACAUUUGACUUUUACUUGAAAGAGGAUUGUGAAAAUUCCAUAGAAGUCUUGUCGACUUUCGGGCAAAUCAAUCGCAAUUCUUAACGGGUCGUCCCGUGUUUCUCUGGGAAUGACUUCUAGCGCAUCGAUCAAAAACAAUUUCUUUACGUCGAACAUGUAUCUCGAAUACAGACUCGAUAGCAGAAUCGAGAACGAACAGCACUUACUUCUAAAGCUUCUUGUAAAGAACUUUAUGCAAAUUUCUCUUGAGCAUGGGACCCAAAUAAAAGCUCUGCCUCUAAAGAAGUACCGUUGAAGUCAUGCUUUUUGUCGAACAGACUUGUCACGAAAUCAACUUCUUUGCGAGAAAACAUUAGCAAUGUUUCCUCUUUCUGGAGACUUUUGAUCGAUCAUGUGCUAGGCAACGAAAUAGACAAAGUUUUAAAAUACAUGGGACGCAAAACAAAUGUUUGCAGAUUUUGUUCUUUAAUAACCCAAAUAAGUUUUUUUGUGAUUCCUAUUUAGUUUGUUUAUCUAAAUGUGUAUUGAUUCCAUUUCUUGAACCUUAAGCUUGAAUACCUGUUUGAGUAGAUUUACGCUUGAGUGCAGGCUAAUUUUCCCGAACACUGGCUGGUAAUCGAACCUCGAGCAAAAACCGUUCAUAAAGUAUUCUUUUUCUGUUAAGGCUAAGUAAAAUAUGUUAAGUUUAUUGUAUCCCAUUAAUUCUUAAAUAUAAUAUUUGGCGACUAGAAUACUUGUUCUGGCCACCAAAAAUGAAAACUUGGGGGCCAGCUGGCCCUGAGAUUUUUAAUCCGAAAGUCAAGCACUGCCCUGUAAUGAUGACUUAACUUAGGACACCUAAUGAUCACCUCAUAGAGGAUGAUUAUAAACAAGUUACUCAGUCUGAACAGGGAAAAAAUAAUAUAUACAUGAAGUUCUACAUUAUAGAGUACACUGUAAAGAUAUGCCUGCUCACUUCAGACAGUAUACAUGUACAUGUAUUUUAAUGACUUGUGAUUUGUGUGUUUGCAGCAAAUCAGAGAGGCAACAAAAGCAGAUGUAGUUGAACCGCGACUUGCUGCCCUGCUAGAUAGAAUCAGUGAAUAUUCUAAUAUUCCAAGAAAAAAAGCCAAAUUCCAAGUAAGUGACAAUGUGAUUGAUGUUGGUGAUCAGAAUGGAGCCUGACAGAUUUCUCUGCUUUAUGUUAUUGUCUUUUUUUUUUUGACUUGACAGGAUUGAAUAGCAUUCCUAUCUUUUUUAACUAACUUUUAGCAAAAAAAUGCCAUUAAUUUAUUUAUCCACAAUGUGUGAACAACCAAGGACAAAAGAUUUUGUACUUUUAGGGAGUUCUCAACAUAAACUAAUAGACCCUUGCUAUAUUAUUUGGAUUUUACAUGUGCAUUGUAUCAGGUUCUUCAUUAAACUUAAUUAUAAUUAUUAUUAUUAAAUAAUAAUUAUCUUGAAUUUCAGAGUACUGUGGAAUGAAGAAAUAAUUGCAAAGGAGAUCUUUGCAGUUUAAGACACAACUUGUGCCAUUGCAAAAAGAAAGCCAUUUUCCUUUGUUUUAAACUCAUUAAUUCCCACAUACAGUUAGUAGGCACUGUAAGAAUAAUUAACUUUGAUGAAUAAAAUACCUGUUAUGAUGACUUAACUUGGAGACCUUAUGAUCAAACCACAAACAAUGAUUACAACCAACUUAUUAUGUCUGAACAGGUAGAGGUUCCUUAAAUAAUGAUUGUUGCAAAAGUAAUUAUGCAUGACAAUAAUAUUAGGAUUUUACAUUAAUUUGUAAAACUCAUGCAGUACUCCACUGUUCUUUUAUGCACAGUUCACCUGGAGCUGUCUUUACAUUAAUUUUGUAACCUUACAGUUCAGUGUCACAAUUGCAUGUGAAAGUGAAUAGUUCCACCUCUUUCAUGGGGGAGUCAUCUACAUGUUUUUGUCCCAUAACUUCCAUACUGAUGCUGUGUAUGUCAUAAUCUGGUUGUCUUGGGUUUCCAGAUGUAAAUUAAUUUUGUUCAAGGUUCUUUUCAUUCUUGUUACUCAUGUUGUAACCUUUUGGGUUUUGGUGCCAACUUAGGACCAAGUGUUUCUUGUAAAGUAAAAAAUUUUCAUAGAAAAUGAGUUUCUCAUGGUACAAAAAUCAAACUGCAAUGAGCUUUGGAGUCUGAUAUUUUGUCUUUUGUCUGUCAUUUCUAAACAAUAGCUAAAAGAAUGCAGUAUCAUUAUACGUCAUCGGUUAGUGGCUGGGCCUGACCAGAUUCUGGACAGAUUUAAAUGUGCAUCAUCAGUAUGGAAUUUUUGGGCCAUAGUGAAAGUGGGACCUCAGUUCUUUUGCUGGAAAGGAUAGUUAUCUCUCAAGUUUCUUUUACUGCCAUUUCUAACUCUAGAAAUUGACUCAACAGAAUUUUUGCAGAAAUAGUAUCAAUGUGCGAGAUGUUACAACUCUGGACAAACUAUGGGAUAUUUUUUCAGCAAGUUCAAAGGUAAGAAAAGCUUGCAUGUACAGUGGGUGUAGCAAUAUUUUUAAGCAUAAGGAAACAUACAGAGCUCUCCUACCCAUCUUGGUCCCUGUAUUGGUUUUAGUAAAAGAUGCCAUGUACAAAUGUACCGUUAAUCCUUAUUUAUGGUACAUAAAUUAAGCGAAGAUGGUAACAUUUUGCCUUAGAAACUAGAACCCAAAGUGGAAAAGCUCAGGCACACGAAGUUGGAGGUGACCAUGCAGCCAAAGAAAAAAGUAAAUCCAAACUUCUGGCACAUGAAUAGACCAUCCCGGAUUAAUCCAUGUGCUUUUUUACAGUCAUGCUUAAUUAAUACAGUCUAUCAAUGUUAUAAGAACAAGUGGGGGAAGGGGAGGGGGGCUUAAAAAAGAGGGAGAACUCAAUAACCUUCUUCCCCUGAAAAGAAGAGGAGGGAUGCUUAUUAGAGGAAUUGUGGUACAUGUAAGUAAGAACUGUCUCUUGAAAGUGAUGUAUUGAUGGUGAAGUGAUGCAUCAGCUGUCAUUAAUGCCUUAUGUAUCAGUACACUGUGUAUUAUUUUAACAAAAUUAAGAGUGGAAAUAAUGAUUUUUGUGCUCUUGGAAUGACUGUACAUCAUUGUAAUUGGCAUUUUUUUCUUAGUGAUGAAGUUAAAAGAGGAACCAAAGUACCACAUCACCCACUUGUCAUAUUUUUAUCGUGACACUGGACAGGCCAAUCAGAGAAGUUAGAUUAAGUGUACAGCGUGUCUAGUCUAUGUGUUAGGAUGGCUUUUAAAACCUGGCUUCUUCAUUUUUUAGUUGUAUUAAAUAUAAUUGUGUAGGCUUUGUGGUGGCUGAGUGGCUAACACUUACAACAUUUUUGUUUUCUUCUCAGCAAAGCCCACAACAAGAUGAAACCAGUUGCAGUAGUAAUGGUAUACAUGAAAAUGGAAAAAGCGGACUAACAUCUCCGCUUGAAGAAAAUGUGGACAUUAAUAGAAUAUGUGGAGAGGAAAUAUGGGACAAUGAAGAGAACAGAGAACUUGAACAAAAAUCAGAGGACUGUAGUAAUGCUAAACAAUCAAAGAAACACAAGAAAGGUGAAAAAAUGAAUGACAAUGAUAUACAUGAAAUAGGAUCAGAAUUCAAAAGAAGGAAAAAUAAAAAGGGUUUGAAAAAAAAUACAGAGGUAGAUGGACUGAAAGAAAAUAAAAAGCAAAAGAAAAAGAGAAGAAGGGAAGAUGAAGAAUUAGGUAGGUAUUAAAGUUUGUGUUUGUACAAUUUAUUUGUCAUAGUUGUUGUAUUUUGCCUGUGCAGAUAGGCCUUGUAGCCCUAUCCCACAGACAGUUGUUGAAAACCACAACAUCUGUUUUCCAACUCAAAGCACCUCUCAACCCUGUUAUGAUGACUUAACUUAGGACACCUAUGAUCACCUCAAAGAGGAUGAUUUCAAGCAAGUUAACAGGUCUGAGCAGGGAAAGGAAUUAAGGUGUAAUAGUAUUUUCAAUACAUGUGAAUUCCCCCCAAAUGUUGUCUUGCCCAUCAGGCAAGUUAAGAACUGAAUUCACUAGUAGCCUGAUAGUUAAAUAUCCAUUAGCCUUGUGCUAUCUGACACUACAUGUCCUUUCUUUGGACGCUGGGGACCACAAAAAAGUGAUGGCGUUAACAAGGCAGUGUUUUAUGCUAGAGCAGAAAGAGUGAGGUGUUUUUGCAAGCCAGGGUUCUGCAUUAACAGUGCUUAAAUCGUCAAGUGAAGUCAAAUACCAUUACUAAAAACCAAUCUACUGUAUGAUCUCAAUAGGCUAUUUAACCCAUUCGCUCCUGGAGAUUUUGCCGAAAAACGCGUUUUGAAGCUAGUCGAGUGGUUUUCUGGUCACUGUCGUGCUAUAAAGAGCUAAAACUUACCACAAACCGCUUUACAGGUCGUACACUUCCCGGCCUUCUGAUCCAGAUGCAAAAUAUCAGCUUGCGAAGUUCGGGCAUGCGCAGAAAGCAAAAUUUCAACAUAGUUUUUGGGUUUAAAAGUGACACAGCAGUCUUGACUUUGACUUUUUGCUUUCUCUCCUCCCCUCUUUUUUUCGCUUUUUUGCCUCAUUUUUUUUUUCUCUUGCUGGGCAUUUAGUAGGCUUCAUUUUGGUGGGAAUACUUUUUAGGAAAGCUUUUAGGAUCUUAGGAUUAGGUGAAAGGAAAGGUAGGUGGGCAAUGGAACAAGAUUUUCAUGGAGAUUUUCAGGUCAAUGUUACAUGGUUUUUUGCCUCUUUCUCCGGUUUCCUUGACUGAAUUGUGCUCAUUCUGGUAUGGUUUGAAAGAUCUCUUCACUCUGCACAAGUUAGCGGACAAAGUUGUCCUUGACCGUGAAAACUGAUGACGUCACAAAGGGUAGAAAGGACGUGGAUCCGCACGGGCAGUUACGGGCGUUUCAGGGGCGAAUGGGUUAAGGAAUUCUGGAUUAUCUGGAUUUCUGCCUUAGAUUAUCCACUAAUAGUCUGCUCUGGGCAUUCAGAUUUAAUGGAGUGUGGAAUGAGUCAGAGAGCAGGAAAAAAAGUAGGUAGAAAGAUGGAGAAAGAAGAUGCUCUCGCUACCUACUUUACAUUUUACCCCUCACUGUUUUUCCUGCUUGCAUCUCUUUACACCAUCCUCACAAUCUGAAUCCUCGGAAAAGGUUUGUCCACUGACUACAUUUACUUGGUUGUUUGAUUACAAAUCACAGAUGAACCCUACACACAGGCCAAAGUUUCAAAGGUUGAAACAGAAGAUGCCAAAGAACAGCCAUGUAAGUAUUUUGAUUCAUUUUUGCCUCCCCUGGCUCCAAAUUGGGUGAAGUUGUCUUUUAUUGAUAAGGAUGUUUAAAGCAAAACACAAUUACCAUGACCUUCAUGCAGCCCUUUGUGUUUAGAGAGGAUACUCUGAAAGUCUCAUGGGAGAGCUUGAAACUCCGCAAAGUCUCAAAGAAACUCGAAACUCCGCAAAGAGUUCCGAGAUUCCACUCGAAGCUUGAAACUCCUUCCUGCUCAAAAGGAAGAGGAGAAUGCAUGGCGUAAUUUUGACAUAAAUUUAUCUCCUUCACACUUCAACCUUACUUCUGCCCUUGAAGUGGAGGACAAAUACAAAACUAAAAUGGAACAGAAACUGAGAGAGUGUUAUGAAAAAAAAAAAUUGCCAAAAUUGUUAAACAUAAUUACCAGCAGAUUUUUUUGUGUAUUUGAGAAACAAAAAGAAAUCCAACAAAACAGUAUCGUGCUUGCGAAAAGCUAAUGGUCAAUCUACUACUUGUCCUAAAAUAUAUAUAUAUAAAAUUAUAUAUUUUUUUUGGGAUUAUGUGUUUGUAGGUAUUAAUAAAUAAUUUGAUGGAAUUUACCAGUAUUUCUUGUUUUGUUGUUUGUUCAGAUCAGUUCAAAUGGAAGUCGGUGAUAAAGGCAGUGUUAAGACAAGCUCCAGAUCAGGAGUUACCCAUCAAAAGAUUGAGGAAAAAGGUACACCCUUAUGAGUAACCAAAAUCAAAAUAUUAGGAAUUUCAUAAUUAUUAUAACACACUGCAUUUGUAAGGAUAUUGCUCAUGUGAUUGGUCAUACAGGCUGUCACUUUUACAAGGUGGCAAGUCAAUAGAUUUUAACCUUAUGUUACUAUUGAUGACGACAAAGGUAAACUAUUGCUGGGUUUCAAACUUUAAAGGGCAGAGAUUUUCCAAACCUAGGGUUUGUCCCCAAUUAUUGCUACUGCAUCUCUUGUUAAAUUUUGCUAGCCUGUAAAUCCAGCCACAUCUCCUUUCCCCUCCCUACGAAGGACGUCCCUGGCAGCAAGGAGUAAAGAUGAUGUUGCAUGAAACGAUUCAUGACGACGAUUUUUACUGCAACUCAGCGUUGCGACAUUGUUGUGACAUUGUUUCGAAUGGUUACAACAUUGUUCCAGCAUUGCAACGCUGUGUUGCGCUAAAAGUCGUCAUUGCAAAUCGUCUCGUGUAGCAUCACCUUAAGGAGAGACGGCUGUAUUCACAGGCUAAUAAUCUCAUAUAGACCUGAUACACCUAUAACUGAUUUGAGUUGAAGAGUGUUAGCUAGGCCAAAAUUAAUUUGUAGUGCACUGGUUAAAAAAAAAAAAGGUGGGAAACCAAGACGUCUGUUAGCCUGCGAAAACAGCCGUUUCUCCUUGCUGCUGAGGACGUUUCUCAAGGAGGAACGUAAGCGACUAAGCGACAGAAAUUACAUAAUGAUGACGUAAAAUCUGUCCGGAAUCCGGUCAUAAGCGCUGAUUGGAUGACAGGGUAGUUACAUUGUUUUAAGUAUACAAAAGGCUGCAAAGGUCAAAAUGUAAACGCGAUGAAUCUAUAACAAAACAGGGAAUAUUUGUGGAAUAUAUUCUUCUCUAGGAGAAGUAUUUGAGUUUUGCUGGAGCUCGUUCACAGGUGAACACAACACUGUACCAAAAUCGACCAGGAGAAACGUAUAAUUGAACAAACAUUGGAACCCCUUGACUACUGCAUUUACAUGUAUUAUGUAGACGUUGAUUUACGUCAUCAGUAGGGAAUUUCUGUCGCUGAGUCGCAGAUGUUCCUCCUCGCGAAACUUCCCAGCGGCGAGGAGCGAGGAGCAAGGAGAGAGGAGAAACGGCUAUUUUCGCAGGCUAGACGUCUGUCUGUCUACUUGACUGUAAAUGUCUAGGCCCUUGUCCCUGCUAUGAUGACUUAACUUAGGACACCUAUGAUCACCUUGAAAAGGAUGAUUUCAAACAAGUUAACAGAUCUGAGCAGGGAAAAGUAGACAUUUAAGAUGUAAAUUAUGCUUGAGCACAUUUCUAAACAAUGUUUUCGAUUUUUUUUUUAGGUUCUGGCAGAAUUUCAAGCAAAAGGAACAAAUGAGAAAAAUCUGACUGAAAACGAGCUGCGAGCUUUGUUUCAGAAGAAAGUUUCAAGCAAUCCAAAAUUGAAAGUUCACAAGGAUACAGUUAGACUUGUCAAAUAA